AAAAAGGUCCCAGAAAGCGACGGCGACGGCGACCGAGGAUAACACUUUUCUCCGCCCGUACACCACACUCCCAAUGGCGGCGGCGGCGGCGACUUGCGUGAUGAUACCAGAGGAGGCAUGGAAAUGUCUAGAACACCCUUCUAACGGAGUCAGAAACGGCGUUUGCCCCGUUUGCUUGACGGAUCGUCUUGCCAUUCUCUGCCCCGACUGUGCCGCCGUGCGCCCCUGCGCCUGCCUCCUCGCCACGUCGCCGUCUUCCUCCGCGUCCUCGUCCUCCCGAUCCGUCGAAUCCGGAUUCCCGUCCGACGCCGAUCCGAGCUUCCGCCGCUCCAAAUCCGUCAGCGUCCCCCUCCCCCGACCGCGCGGCGGCGGCGGCCUCUUCGGUUCCUUCUCUCGGAACUGCGGCGAGAGCAAAACGUCGUGGUUCUGGUCCAUCUUCCGAUCCUCGACCAGGAGAAAACCGGAAUCGAAAGACGCGACACAAUCGGGCCGCAAUUGCGCCGCCGCCGCCGCUUCCGGCGGAGCGGAUGAAUUCAAGAUGCUGGAGAGGUCCAGAUCGAUACGCGUGGAGGUGACGCCGCACCGCGGCGGCGGUGGAGCCAGGAAAGCCAAGGGAUGGCAGUUUCAGAGUCCGCUAAUGGCGUUCCGGCACUACUCGUAGAUCGGCGGUCCGUUAUUAUCGUUAGAGCUGAGUUUGAUUUGAACUUUUUGAAAAAAAGUUGAACGUUUAUUUGUACUGGGUAUCAUUUUCUAGAGCUAAUUAGAAAUGUUGCCACAAAUAAACACAUUAUUACCGA